AGAACAUCAGCCUUUCACAUUUAUAAGUUAUUUCACAAAUGUACUAAAUUUUCGGGGUCUUGCAUCUGAAGAGAAUACUAAUGUACUAGAUGUAGAAAAGGAGCUAAAGUCUAGUAAGGAAAGCACCCAAUCUAAAAACAGUGAUGAAAUUGUAGAUAUUGAUAAAGAAAGUAAACUAGUGUUAAAUCAGAUUAUUAUUGAAAAGGUUUCAGAACACAAGCCUGUUGACAUUUCUCAAGAAAACAUUGUGGCAUCUUCUUCAGCUACAAAAAGUAAGAAAGAAAACAGAGAAAAAACAGAGGAUAGUAAACUGGGGAAAUACAAGACACAUCUCCCGUCUGUAAAAUCUGAAUUAGAACACAGACUCGCCAAUGGCCAGUGUAUACAAAUACAUUGGAACCAUACUUCAGAAAGUUUAGAAAUACAGAAUAAUUCUAAUAUAAAACAUAAAAAUAUUGGUCAUAUUUGGGAGGUGGAACAAACGUCUCCUUUAGAGCUAGAAAAUCUAAGUUCUUCACUAGGCAUUUAUUCCUCUGAAAGAUCUAUGUUAAUGAAAGAAGAACAACAUGGAGGGGAAGCAGUCCAGCAUAACAAUGAAUACAUAAAGAAUCCACAUUUGGAAGGCACAGAAAUGUAUCUUGACAAGAAAUCAAAGGAAGAAAUUAAAAUCGAUGGUAAAGUAGAAAGUAGCCCAGUGACAAAAAAAAUUACAUUUUUCAGGGAACUGAAAGAACAGUCAGAUAAUUUUGCACAAUCAAGGGACAUUCCAGGUGAAAGUAAAAUACUUCUUGAUGCAUCAGAUGAAGAUAAACCAGUUAUAAAUGUGGAGAAAGAACAAAUUUUAUCAGAAAAACCUAAGGAAAUGGGAAGUGAGAUAAAAGAGGUAAGUAGGGAGCCAGACAAUAAAAAUAAUUACAUAGAUUGUAAGGAACAUGCCUCCACUGACCAAACUAAUAAGAAAGCACAGGAGAAAGGAGCUUCUCCAAGUGACUGGAAUGUAGCUCAGUUCCCAUUUUCUUCCCACUCAUCUCAGGAUACUGGCUUCUCAGAUCCCACUCAUUCUGAAGAAAAGCCCAGCCAGUUAGAACAGCUCCAGCCCUUCUUAUCUCUGAGCCACUACAAACUUCUCCUUGGCUCCCAAAGCUUUACAGAUAAAAAUAAGAAUUAUUUGCAAGAAGCUCACGAAGACAAGAACUCCAAGAAUGAAAACAGCCAGACUAAAAGUAGUGUUGAGAUAUUAAUGAGAAACCAAGAAAUAGAAGAGAAAAACCAGUUCUAUCAGAAAAUGAAAGGGGAAACAAAUAUGAAGGUAGAUUUUUCUAACCAAGGUAUUUUUUUACCUUCAUCAGCAGUGCAAGACAAUGGAGACAGUGAAAAUGUAAUAGAAGAAGCUCAAUUAUUAACAGACACAUCUUCUACUUCAUCUGAAAAAUAUUUGUUAGACCACACAAUGGAUUCCUUAUUCAAGAAACAAAAACUCAAGGAGAAAGACACAGAGGAUAAAGAAUGUACUAAUAUACAAGGAAACAACCAGUUUUUUUCAGGUGAACAGCAUGAUGCACCAGAAAUAAAAUUUAAUGUACAAAGGUCAUCACAACAAUACAACAUUAUGAAGAGAGAUUUCACAUCUAGCAACCCAAACUGUAACUAUAAUAAAUGGUUAGUCAGUUUACAGAAAGAUGAUGUUACAGAUUCUUAUCAGAAUAGGGAACUUGCUGAGAUGAAAAAUAUAGAAAGUAUGUCAUCUGAUGCCAUCGAAGAUGAUUUUCCUCUGUGUUUGAAUUAUUACAAAAGUUUAAUCACCAGGGAACGUAUGGUUUAUUUUUCUCAAGAAAGAGCCAAAGGAAAAAUCUAUAUUUCAGAACAUCUGACAGAAAAUAAUAAAGACAAACAAUAUGGUAAAGAAAAUACAGAAAAUGAGUCAAACAAACCAAUAAAUGAAGAGGAUUCAAAUAUAUUACAUCAGCAAGGAUUAUCUACAGAAGCUACAUCUCAGGGGGUGUUUCAAAGUGAAAAGGAGAUUGAUGGGCAUGCCAGCAACACAGUGAGUUACAAUUCUGUGAAUGUGAAAAAGAAAAAUGUCCAGGAUCCACAAAGGCAGACAGAUAAAAAAAUCAUUGAGGAGAAACAUGGUUCAAUGACAGACAAAUAUGUUGCUAAUGGUCAAUAUAGUGAUUCUUCCUUAAGAACAAGGGUUGUUUACGAUCGUGGCACACAAGAACAAAUGACAUCUUCAAGCUCUGGCACUUUUCCUAAGGAAAAUAUGCAUUCCCUUCAAGGGACUAUAGGCCUGACAUAUGAGAAGGAAGAUGGAAAUGAGCCAAAAAAUGAUCACACAGUUACAUCUUACUAUCUUGGACCACAGGAUGGUGAAAGUAGCAAUAUCAUAGGAUUAGAGCCUGAUGAAAAGUGUAUAAAUCAGGUGAUAUGUGAUAAAAAAAUACAUUCAGCACCUGAUAAAGCAGUGGAGAAGCUUAAAAUAUUAGGUCAGCAUAAACAAAUAGAUGGCACUAAAAAUAAUGAAGGUACUAAAUUUGAACAUCAGAAAGAAAUACUAGAUAUAAUGCCAAAACUACCUGGAGUAAAGUCUCAGGGAAAAAAUGAAGACAUUUUACUGACAAUUGGCAAUGGCAGCUUACUUCAGAAACACAGUGUAGCUGAAAGUAUUUCUAGUGAAAAUCCACCCCUUAAUAUAGAAAUGCAAAGUGAGACAUAUGAGACAGAUAAUAAUGUCAAUCCUACCAAGCUUUUCUCUCAUGAUAUUCCCCAUCCUCUUGAGGCUGCAGAUUAUAAAAAGGACUACAUACCACCACAUACUAAAGAUAACGGGAACAUUUACCAUUUAGCUACAGAUCCUGAUGAUGAAAUAUUGGCACACAAGAUAAUUACUCUCCUUCCUAAAAAUCUGAAAUGUGUAGAAAAACAAGGGUAUUCUGAGUACGUGAGGGAUAGCCAAGGGAAAGAUCAAAAAGUUAUAGAAAAUGACAAAGAAACAGAACACAGUGGCAGAAGUGAAAAGCCAGGAAGGCAAGGUGUUGUGAGUAAUAUUUUUGGUAAAACUUCAUGGCUUUUUGGAGAUCUAUUUCAAAAUAAGCCUAAAGAUGUUACAAAAAAUAAAGAUGAUGGAAAUAUUAUUGUAACACAAACUAAGACAGACAGGAAGGAGGCUGAUGUAGUGGAAAGUGACUUUGAGCAAAGCAAAAGCAAUAUUCAGAGUACAAAACCUAUCCAUUCUUCAGACAUUUUUAACAUUAUAGAACAGGAGUCUAAGGGGAAAAUAUACAGCUACAACAAGGAAAAAUCUAUUACUAAAGAUUUAAAAAAUGACAACCAAAGAGAGACUGUUUCCCAGGAAACAGUUCAAAAUGGUAAAUGGAUAAGAGACACAGAGUUGGACCUGACAGAUGCUAGUUUCUUCAUGAGAUUCCAGGAAACCUAUAUAAAGCUAAUUGUGGAGUCCAAAAGGAUACUUCAAGCAAAUGUGUGCGAAAGACAUGAACUGGAGUCACUGGCACAAGAGUUUGAAAAGGUUUACCACGAGAUUACCACUUUUCCCUGUGAAAAUAUUGACGGCAAUCAGAGGCAAUUGACCACUUCACAGGAGGAUGAGCAUAAAUUAAACUUUAUACAUGAGAAAUGUUUGAAAGCAAAACACAAUUUACUUCGGGAGCUGCAAAGUCUUGUUGUGGACAUCGAAAACAACUGUGGGGAAAAAAGGGCAAAAUCAGGCAUAAUGAAUAAGGAACAAUUGCCUGGCAAUGCUCCUAAAGAAAGUAAUUAUUUGAAUUCUGAUAAAGAACCUAACAACAGCCAGCAUUCAGAAACAAACAAUAUACCUCCAGUAAACAAUGAAGAGAAAAUGCAUACUUCAAUAAAAAAUGACGGAUUUCACCCAGAUUUCAAGGGAAAAUUACCAAAGAACCUUCGAAUGACUCAGAACACUUUUAUUAAUAAUGAAAGAGAAUGGUUAUUUCAGAUAAUCCUGCUUUUGAAUGACUUCUGUGCCAUUAUAACAUCUGGAUUAUCAAUUAUGACAACUGCUAGUAAAAAGGUUCUUGGAGCAUUACCUGAAAAUAUGAGACCUGGUCCAGAUCUUUAUGGCUUUCCAUGGGAAAUUGCAAUUUGUGGAGCUGUUCUUGCUAUUUUUGUUAUCUUACUGCUCAUGUGCAGGAGCUAUCAAUCUGUUACAAGUAGACUUUAUGUGGGAAGAGAGAAACAGCUUGCCAGUAAAGUUGCUGAACUAAUAGAAGACAAAUGUAAAAUACUGGAAAAAUUAAGUCUCCGUAAAAAAGAGUACGAAGAAUUAGAAAACUCUCUGAAAGAUGCCAGCCUUUUGCAGGGGUCAACCACUACAUCAGACCUUAAGAAAGCAUAUGAAGAACUGAGCAGCACAAACUCUGUCCUCAAAAAUGAAAUAGCAUUAUUAGAAAAAGAAUUGAGAGAAGAAAAGUCUAAAGGAUCAGAACUGGAUGACUUGAUGGUUGAAAUACAGAGAAGAGUGGAAUAUUCAGAAAAUGAAGCAAAAUCUAUCCAGUCACAAAUAGCUGAAGCCAAGACCACAUUAAAAGUAUAUGAGAUCAACAGAGAAAGGCUGAAGAUAUCUCUCCAAGAUGCCUUAGAAGAAAACAGUCACCUUCAAGAAAGUGAAAAGCAGCUAUUACAAGAAGCUGAAGGAUGGCAUGAACGAUUGAGUGAAUUAAAUGAGCAAACAAAAAUGUUUCAAUGUUCUAAAGCAGAUAUGGAGGAAGCUCUUAAAAACAAGGAAAGUCAAGUCAAGUCACUGACUGAGUGUUUGUUGGAAAUGAAGGACUGGAGCAGUGCCAUAGGAGAACAUGAUGCUGUUGAAGACAGUCACUGGGAGAAUGACAUAAAAUGUGAAAGAGAAAAUGGAGAACAUUUAGAUGAUCAAGAAAAACGAACCAUAAAGAAACUGAUUUAUGCUGCAAAGCUGAAUGCUUGUUUAAAAUCCAUGGAAACAGAAAGAAACCAAAUAUAUUCAAAAUUAACUGAUGAAAAGAAAGCAAAAGAAGAACUUGCAGAACGCAUUGAAUGUUUGCAAAAGGAACAUGGCGUAUUGCAGUCUGAAAAUACACAUUUUGAAAAUGAAGUUCAGAAGCUUCAGCAAAAGGUUAAAGUUAUGUCAGAGCUGUAUCAGGAAAAUGAAAUGAACCUUCACAGGAAGUUGACUGUAGAAGAAAAAGAGCGUUUGCAAAAAGAAGAAAAACUUUCCAAAGUUGAUGAGAAGAUCAUUCAUGCUGCUGAAGAACUAAAUAUUUAUCGACAGCAGGCAAAAGAUUUAGAAGAAGAACUGGAAAGAACUGUUCGCUCUUACCAGAACCAGAUUAUGUCACAUGAGAAGAAAGCUCAUGAUAACUGGCUUACAGCCCGUGCAGCAGAAAGACAUCUCAAUGAUUUAAGAAAAGAAAAUUUGCACAAUAGACAAAAAUUAACAGAAGCAGAAUUUAAAUGCGAUCUUUUGGAAAAAGAUCCUUAUGCUCUUGAUGUUCCAGUUAGACCAUUUGGCAGAGAGCAUUCCCCAUAUGGACCCUCACCAAUGGGCAGACCUUCAUCUGAAACAAGAGCUUUUCUUUCUCCCCCAAUUUUAUUGGAGGGUCCCUUAAGACUUUCACCUGUGCUUCCAGGUGGAGGAGGAGGAAGAGGAUCAAGAGGACCAGGGAAUCCUGGCACCUAUGACAUUGGCAAUGAAAGAGGAGAAAUGAAUUCUGAUAGGUUAUCUGAUCCCCACAGACCACCUUCGGAUACUGGAUCUCUGUCACCUCCAUGGGAUAGAGAUCACCGGAUAAAUCCCUCUCAUACAGGUCAGCUGUAUAAUGAGCAAUCGCUUACUCCACGAAGGCCAGAAAGAUUUUACUCAAAUCACCCAAAUUCUGGAAGGCUUUCAGGGCCAGCAGAACUAAGAAGUUACAACAUGCAAUCAUUUGAUAAAGCAGAUGGACGACAGGCAGCUGAGAAUAACUCAAGAAUGGACAUGAGUGGAAAUGGAAUAAAGGAUCAUCUCAAUGAUAGUAAUGCGGUCAAUUUCACAGAUCAGUCUCUUGCACCUGAAAAUGAAACCUUAGGUCCUGGAAUAGUGCCUCCACCACUACCCUUAUUGAGACCACCUCUGAUACCUAUGGACCCAAGAGGAGCUUUCAUAAGAAGAGGCCCUCCUUUCCCACCAAUGCCUCCUAGUGCUGCAUAUGGACCUCGUGAAUAUUUUCCAAGAGAUUUUGCUGGUCUGCCACGCCCACUACUGCCAAUGAGAGGUCCUUUUCCUGUGAGGCCUUUUUCCCAAUAUCCACCUCCAAGGGCUGGAUUUUUUCCACCAAUGCCACCUGAUAACAGAAAUGAACUGCCUGCCGAGUCAACACAUCUAUCAGCUGCAUCUUCUACAGACCAUCAAGACUCACAACAAGAAACUUGAUUCUCAUUUAAAGUAACUAUUCUUUUUUUCUCAACUCUCUUACUUGCUGUUAAGUAACUAUGGCCCCAUACAGACAGGCCAAAAUAAAGCUGCUUUGAGUCACUUUGGAGGUAUGCUGUUUAAAUGAUGCAUGCAUCCUAAGAGUCUGGAAGCCGCGCCAAAGCCACAAUCCAGUCCUGAGGAGUGGCUUUGGCGCAGCUUCGGACUCUUAGGACACAUACAUCAUUUAAACAGCAUAUACCUCCAAAGUGACCCGAAGCAGCUUUAUUUUGGCAGUCUGUAAGGGGCCUAUGGUUACUUAAACAGCUAUAUUAUUGCUCAAAUUGAAGCUUAACAGAAUAAUUCUCAGGAGAGUACCCUGUAAAUAAUGUUUUAACUGUGAAUAAAUUGAUUGCCAGUGUACAGCAGUGGAUUUUAAAUUAUUUUUAAUUUACAUACCUAGAAGAUGUAAAAAAAAAAAAUAGUUGUGUGAAAGAACUCUCCAAUUGUUUUUGGCCAUGUGUGGUCUCAUAGAAAAUCACUGCAUACUUCUAACAGAAACCAGAUGUGAAAUAUAUUUUAAAAAUUUAACGAUUUGUGGCAUUUUUACUAUUUAAUAAACCAAAUGUCUCCUACCUCAUCUUUUAGAAGUUCUACACUUGCACAAAGUGUGGACUUGCCUUGUGGUCUACAUAUCCAGUGGGUAUUGUAAUUGUGGUAGGAAGGUUGUUAGACAAGACUUUUCCCACAACUUCCUUCUUCCACUGUCAUUUUCUUUUCUGGAAAUGAGUCAGUUCUUAUUGAAUCACUCUAGCAGAUGGUAUGCUUAUAUCUAUAAUUUUAAUAAUGAAAGAUCACUUAUCAGGUGCAUUUCCUCCUCCCUUGCCUACAGCAAAGUGCUGCCCUUUGAGAUGCUCUUUAAAAUGUAUGCUCUUGUUCCUCUGCCCUAUAUAGUGUAUAUAUUAAAGACAUACUGCUAUUCUUUAUGAGCAUGGCACAUUUCCAUUCCUUUUUAUUAUAGUAACGUAAGAAUAUUGAUGCAUCAGACCAAAAAAGCUGAAUCUAAUGUAUUGUUUCCUACUGUGCCUGCCUAAAUGCUUGCCCAACUUCCAUCCAUUAGAGCAUGACAGUGUUUCUUAUUAGAAACUGAUAUUCAAAUACAUACUGCCUUUACAGCAGAAGUAAUCAACACACUUUCUCCCUAUAUUUUUGACUGAAAUUCUCAUCAGCCAUACCUAAAAUAGCCCGCUCACCCCUUUGCUCUGGAGUUUCCAUUUUCCAAGUUUGGCUGUUUUUAAAAGAGUGGGCAGUAACUCUGUUUUUGUGUAUGGUUCAGUUUGUAAUCUCUCCAGUUAUAGACUCUGUUAGCUGGACAAGUAGUCUUCUGCUGCUGGCAAACUACUUUCCCCAUGAUCUGCCUCAAUACAAGAGAAAAUUCAUAUUUGCCAGCACGUGUAACAGGUUUUGAAAGAGCGAUUUUUAUUUGGAAGGUCUUUAAGCUGAUAAGAAGCUAUUUAUUGUUGUUCUUACCAAGCACAAGGUGAACCCUGUGCAGAAAUUUUAUGUCAUUAGCUUUCACAAUGGCAGUAAAGUAGCACACAUUUGCUAACACUGCAAGAAGCCAUGAAUAUAUAUUAUUAGGUAAUAACAUGUCCUGUUUAAACACAGUCAGCAAUUCUGCUUUGUUACAAUUAUACGGCCGUGGACUGUACCCUCUUUCAGAAGAGGGUACAGAUGAAGAAAUUUUCCCCAGCUUGCUAUCCUUCAGAUCAUUUGCGAAACAUCUCCCACCAACAUGAACAUAAGUUAAGGACAUUAGGAAUUACAGUCUAAAACAUCUGGAGGGCUCUUGCUAGGUGAAGAUCACUGUAAAGCAUGGGAGGGAAUGUGGACUCUGAGGCAGCAUGUGGCCCUCAAAGCUGUUUUUUGUGGGCUGGCUGGUCUUUCUCCCCACCAUAAAUUGCCUCUCCUGGAAACUUUCAGGAGUGGCGAUUUUACCUUUUAAGUAGCUUGCAACCUCACCCUUAGCAUUUCUUUUAAAUACCCUAUUUUCAAAACCAAAAAUAAGUUUUUGGACAUUUCCAGAUAUUGUGUUUGACUGCAUGUGCACAAACAUUUUUGGCAGCCUCUGCACUUGCUGAAGUUGUCCAUACCUGGUUAAAAAGUCUCAACUAGUACUGUAGAUAAAACUGGUACAAAGAAAUUUAUUGACAAGUCUACAAUUUUGCAUUUUGUACUUAUUUUUCCUCUGCUACUGAAAAUGUGGGAUUUGCUUAUUCUGGAAAGAUUAGUUUGAAGUUAGAUUUUAGUAUCUUCUAAGAAGGCUAUCUACUACACCAUUCAUUUUCUGCUGACUUUAGAGGGCCAAUUAGUACCUUACUUCUUAACUGUGAAGUGUGACAGGUAGCCAUCAAUCUAUGUCCUGAGUUUUGGAAGACUGUUUUCAUUCGGUUCCUGUCUAAUUACGUAUAUGUGGCCUCAAUUCUUGCCUGUUAAAGAAAGGAAUAUUGAGCAGUUUGAGUUAAAAUCUGAGAAGCAGGAUUACAAGGAGCAUUUGAGCUGUAAUAUAUUUAUAACAAUGACAAGAGGCCCUGAGGAACAUUCAUUGCAGCAUCAUUGACAGUACUGACUUCCCUUUCCUCACUUUAUAUUGAAAGAUAGUGACAAAUGUUAUUUAUACCAUGCAUUGCUUUUUUGUUGUUGUUAUGGGCAGUUAAACGUAAAAACUUAUUUUAAAAAGGAAAAUUGUCAACAUCAUGUGUUUUAACAGUCACAUCACAAACUGCACGAAGUCAGACUAUGUAGAUUUCUAGGCUUUUGGUAUCUUCUCCCCCCCCCCCCCCCCCCUCGCAAUUGGGACUCAAGACUGCUAGUAAUGGUAGUAACAUAAAUAAUAUCAACUUGCAUAAUGUCUUACUAAGAUCUAGUCUGCACAUGCAGCAGGUUAGAGUAGACUGUGCUAUUUUGCUGAUAAUUUUAAAUGCUUCCCAUAAAGAAAUAUCUGGCAUGCCACAUGUGCCCAACAUUUGCAGAAGUCUGAUUGGUUUUUAAACAAAGUGAGCAAAGUGCUGGCUAAGGUAUAUAAGAGCUGCAGUUCAGCACCAUCUGGAGAGCUGUAUUUUGCCCAUUCCUGUAAACAGAAGACAAUAUUCAAAACUGAUCCCAAUUUGCAGUCUGAAAUGGUGGGGUCCAUUAAAUAAUCACAUUCACACUUUUAGCUUGCUGCAUGAAUAGACCAGACCUGUGGCUCACAUCUAUGGGUAGGGAGGUUACUUCUGUUCAGUAACUGGACAUACUAGUUAAGAUGUUGUUUUGGUGAGAUGGAAUGGAGGCAAGGAUAGCACAGAAUGCUCACCUUUUGCUUCUGCUACUUAUUUAGUGUCUAUUCAGUUUAUAAAUGAUAGCUUUUAGGAGGAAUUGAAUGGAGGAAGUUCAGGGGCAGGAGAUUUCUGCUCCCUUCCUUGCAACCCACCAACACCUUAUAAAAAGCAUCUCUGGAGGGUUGGGGCACUCACAGUAAGUGAUAGAGCAUGAAAAGAGAGGUGGUGACCACCUGUCAUCCCUUGCCUGCCCUUCCAAUUUGCUAAUGGAACCUUGAUCAGCAACCUACUUGAAAUUAUGCAUGGUCUCAAACUGUCUUUCAAUACAAUUUGGAAAUUUCAAUUAAUAAAGAGAACAGUUCAGGAAUCCUUCCUGAAAUGCUGAAGAGCCACUGCUAGUCAAAGUUCACUGUACUAAUUUAGAAGGAACAGCAGGACUGACCUAAGUAUAAUACAGCCUCUUGUGUCCUUAUAGACAUUUGGAGCACAUUAAACUUACACUGUACAAACUGGCUGCUCCCCUCCACCCCCCAGACACACACAGUUUAAAGCGCUGCUUUUAAUCUUUAAAGCCCAUGUAGGACCAGGUUAUUUGCAUAACUGUGAGCUUGCUCAGGCCUUAAAACUAGCCUUGGAGGCCUGGCUGAUGGUGGUGGCCUCACAUCUUUGUAAUUCUGUUCCAGAUACAGCCUUAAAGACAGCUGGGCAAAGUGCAGCCUUUCUGAUGUUGUUGAAUUGCAACCCUCACCACUGGUGAUGCUAGUGAGGGCUACUGGGAAUUGUAGCAGAACAAUAUUUGGUAGGCUAUGCUUUGCCCACCUGUGUACAAACUGAAGACUUUUUUCUUUUGGCUUAAGACUGCAUUUUAUUGUGCUGCUAUGUACUGCUUAUAACUACAAUUCUUAGUUUGUGGAUUGUUUAUUAUAUUAUGUAAUUAAACUGCUUUAAUAUUUUGCUCUAUGAAAUAAACUGCUUUAUGCUAUUA